GCUGCAGUCUUUCAGCAACAGAGUUUAGGCUGUGUCUUUGCUUCAUCAUCUGAGGAAAAAAUCCUCAGAUAAGUCACAAGGCUUUCUGAGAAAAAAAACCCCAAAACAUUACAGGCUGCUCAUCGUUUCGUGUGAGAAUUAGUUACCAUGAUGCGAUGGGAAAGAUAUGGCUGUUUGUUUAUAUCAGAUGUUCCUGUUCACGUUGGGAAUGUGUCGAAUAGACAGGGCUAAACAAGGUCAGUGACUUAAAAAGUGCCUUUGCCAAGUCACUUUUACGAGCGAGGACUGCUACACCCGUGUUCUCAAAAUCCCGUCUUUGCCAGCCAGACAUUGCCUUCACCUUACACCUGGCAGAAGAUACCUCAGCUGUCUCCAUUUGCCAAUUAGUUGAUGGGAAACUGAAAGCAGAAAAAGGAUUAUUAUUAUUAUUCCUGGGACAUGAGCAAAUGACUGCAUUGCUUUUCUCGUGUAAUCAAUACCGGCAAGCAACCAUCAGAGGACUGCUAUUCUAUCAAGGAGUGCCAUUGCCUUGAUGGACCUUGGCUUAAAACCGGUGCAUCCGUGAUUACAAUCAACAAACCCACGUGUUUUACAGACAGAAAUGCGACUGAGCAUGUGUUUUCCCAGCCAAAAGUCUACAAGCGGGACUUAAUGAUUGAUGAGUAACUGCUUGCUGAUAAACUUUCUCUGCUUGUUCUGCUUUGCGUGUGUUGAACGUCGUUAAUCGUCCCCCACUGUUUGUUUUUUUAACUUUCUUUUCAAUUAGAAUUGAAGUUAUUUUUUUCCGAUCCCCUCCCUACCACCCUCCCCUCCCCUUUCCUUUGUCAUUAGUUUUGGAAAUUUCUUCAGCGUAAUUCACCUGACAGCAGCUUACAAGUUCAAAAUCAGCUUCUCAUCAUGGCUUUGAAUGUUGCUCCCGUAAGAGAUACAAAAUGGCUGACAUUAGAAGUGUGCAGGCAGUUUCAGAGGGGAACUUGUUCACGCUCUGAUGAAGAAUGCAAAUUUGCACACCCCCCCAAAAGUUGCCAGGUUGAAAAUGGAAGAGUUAUUGCCUGCUUUGAUUCCUUAAAGGGUCGUUGUACAAGGGAGAACUGCAAGUACCUUCAUCCACCAACACAUUUAAAAACUCAACUGGAAAUCAAUGGCAGGAACAACUUAAUUCAACAAAAAACUGCAGCAGCAAUGCUUGCCCAGCAAAUGCAGUUCAUGUUUCCAGGGACACCACUACAGCCAGUGCCCACAUUUCCAGUGGGUCCCACAAUAGGAACGAACACGGCUAUUAGCUUUGCUCCUUACCUAACGCCAGUAACACCAGGAGUUGGCUUAGUCCCGACUGAGAUCCUACCCACGCCGCCUGUCAUUGUUCCUGGAAGUCCACCGGUUUCAGUCCCCAGUUCAACUGCUACCCAGAAACUCCUCAGGACUGAUAAACUGGAGGUGUGCAGGGAGUUCCAGCGGGGGAACUGCGCGCGUGGAGAGACUGAUUGCCGCUUUGCGCAUCCGGCAGACAGCACAAUGAUUGACACAAACGACAACACCGUAACCGUGUGUAUGGAUUACAUAAAAGGUCGUUGCAUGAGGGAGAAAUGCAAGUAUUUUCACCCUCCUGCACAUUUGCAGGCCAAAAUCAAAGCGGCGCAACACCAAGCCAACCAGGCUGCAGUGGCAGCCCAGGCAGCUGCGGCAGCUGCGACUGUGAUGACUCAGUCGACUGCCAAAGCAAUGAAGCGACCUCUCGAAGCAACUGUAGACCUGGCCUUUCCUCCUGGUGUUCUUCACCCUUUACCAAAGAGACAAGCACUUGAAAAAAGCAAUGGUGCCAGUGCCGUUUUCAAUCCCAGUGUCUUGCACUAUCAACAGGCUCUUGCCAAUGCUCAGUUGCAGCAACAUGCAGCGUUUAUCCCAACAGGGUCAGUUUUGUGCAUGACACCCGCUACCAGUAUUGUACCCAUGAUGCACAACGCUACGGCCGCCACUGUCUCUGCAGCAACAACUCCUGCAACAAGUGUUCCCUUCGCCGCAACAGCCACAGCAAAUCAGAUAAUCCUGAAAUAGCUGGCAGGAGUGGAACGGAGUGUCACGAAGCCUCCCUGCGGACGGCCAAGCACGGCUACUGUACAUACUACCCCGUCUCCUCCUCUCUAGAGUUGCCACAAACUGCAUGCUAAGUCAAGAAUUUGUUCUUAUGGACAAAUCAAAAAACUCAAAAAAGCUAGUGCUGCUAUGUCAUAUAUGAAUAUUAAAUAUGGUAUGCUUACUAUACUCCAACCUAAAAUA